CAAAAUUUGUAAAAUUUUGGCAAAUAUUAUUUUGGAUUGUUGUUUUCUUUUGUUUAUUAUUUGUUUGACAUUUGCAUCUGUCAUUCCGAUAUCGACCGACGUCACCACAUGAGGGUCGGCAGCUUCACUCCAAAUUAUUAUCAAUUUUAAUUUGCUUUUCUUUCCCGGUGCUUCAUUUACGAUAGAAAUGGCUCCAGCAGCUCCUGCAGUAAAACUUCAGCCCGAUAAUGACCCCAUAGGCAUCCGGGCUGUACUUCUUGGACCGCCUGGAUCCGGGAAAGGCACUCAGGCACCUCGCCUAAAGGAGAAAUACUGUGUUUGUCACUUGUCCACUGGAGACAUGCUGAGAGAAGAAGUGGCGUCCGGCUCAGAGUUGGGACGUUCACUCAAGAAGACCAUGGAUGAAGGCAAGCUGGUAUCUGAUGAGAUGGUUGUAAACAUGAUUGACAAGAACCUAGACAAUCCUUCCUGUAAGAAUGGUUUUCUCCUUGAUGGCUUCCCAAGAACUGUGCCUCAGGCGCAAAAGUUGGAUGAUCUGCUGGCUAAACGUCAGACUGCUCUGGAUGCUGUUAUUGAAUUUGAUAUCCAGGAUAGUUUGUUGGUGCGAAGAAUCACAGGAAGACUCAUCCAUCCGCCAAGUGGGCGCAGCUACCAUGAAGAGUUCCACCCACCCAAGAAACCCAUGGUUGAUGAUAUUACUGGAGAGCCUUUAAUUAGGAGGUCUGAUGACAAUGUUGAAGCUUUGAAAAAGCGACUUGCUACAUAUCAUGCACAGACUGUACCCCUUGUAGACUACUACAUGAGGAAAGGCCUACACUGGAGGAUAGAUGCUUCAAAUACUUCUGACCAUGUGUUCAGCAAGAUUGAUAACAUCUUCAAAACCAGGAUCUUUUCGAGGCAAAGGGCGGCCCAGUAACUUAGUAUUUAAGAAAAUGUUUUGUACAAAUCUAAUUUCCAUAUUGCAGUAUGUUACAACUGUCAUUUGUUUGGUUUAAUGCUAUUGUGAAUCUAUAACUAUUUUAGAGACUAUUUUUCUUGAACAAAUACAGUGAACUGGAAUCAUGGA